AUGGCUCCUCGUCAGUCAUUGCUUCGACCUCUGGCCCGUGCAGUCCGCACGAUUGGGCAGCGUCAGCUACACGUGAGCCGCUUGGCGAUGGACCAGGCGAAGGUCCGCCAGGUCAUCGCUGAUGCCUUGAGCGUGAGUGCGAGCAUGCAGCCGAUCCCUGCUGUGCCUGCAGAUUACCAUGCACACGCAGAUGCAGACCUCAAAAUGCUAGAGGGCCUGGGGAUCCACACGAAAGUGGUGCAGCACAACGCCAGGCCAGGAACCCUCUAUGACGAGGCCCUUCGCUAUGAGAAGGGCUCUGCGAUUCUCUCGACGGGGGCCUUGGCAGCUUUCAGCGGUGCGAAGACGGGGAGAUCGCCGCUGGACAAGCGUGUGGUAGAAGAGCCGAGCACCAAGGAUGAUGUUUGGUGGGGGGCCGUCAACAUCCCAGUGUCGGAGUCCACCUUCAAGAUCAACCGUGAGCGUGCCAUCGAUUACCUGAACACCCGGGAGAGGCUUUACGUCAUGGACGGCUUCGCUGGCUGGGACCCGAAGUACCGGUACAAGGUUCGAGUGAUUACCAGCCGUGCCUACCAUGCGCUGUUCAUGCACAACAUGCUCAUCCGGCCGACAGCCGAAGAGCUUGCGAACUUCGGAGAGCCGGACUACACAAUUUACAAUGCCGGGGCGUUCCCGUGCAACCGAGCGACGGAGGGCAUGACCUCGGGAACCUCCGUCUCGCUCAACUUCGCGAGCAGGGAGGUGGUGAUCCUCGGCACGCAGUAUGCCGGCGAGAUGAAGAAGGGCGUCUUCACCAUCAUGAACUACCUCUUGCCAAAGCAGGGUAUCCUCAGCAUGCAUGCCAGCGCCAAUGCCGGCAAGGACAAGGGCGACGUGACGGUCUUCUUCGGCCUCAGUGGCACUGGAAAGACCACGCUUUCCGCUGACGAGCACCGGCUGCUUAUUGGCGACGAUGAACAUGCGUGGACGGAUCAAGGCAUCUUCAACAUCGAGGGAGGCUGCUAUGCAAAGGCCAUUGGCUUGACCCGGGAGAAGGAGCCGGAGAUUUGGGAUGCCAUUCGUUUCGGGGCUUUGCUUGAAAAUGUCGUCUUCGACCAGCGCACCGGCCGUGUAGACUACGACGAUGUCAGCAUCACCGAGAAUACCAGGGUGUCCUAUCCGCUUGAAUACAUCCCGAAUGUGAAGAUCCCGGCCGUCGCGGGGCACCCGAAGAACAUCAUCAUGUUGACCUGCGAUGCUUUCGGGGUGCUGCCUCCGGUGUCAAAGCUGACGCCAGCCCAGGCGAUGUACCAUUUCAUUUCGGGGUACACUGCCAAAGUGGCCGGCACAGAGAUGGGUGUCACUGAGCCUACCGCCACCUUCUCCGCCUGUUUCGGGGCUCCCUUCAUGGUGUGGCAUCCCGCCAAGUAUGCCGAGCUCCUUGCCGAGAAGAUGGCUCAGCACAACGUGAACGCCUGGCUCAUCAACACCGGCUGGACCGGCGGAUCUUAUGGAGUGGGCCACCGCAUGAGUUUGAAGGACACCCGAGCCAUCAUCGAUGCCCUCCACGAUGGCAACCUCGCAGGGGGCGAGUUCGAGACUUUCGCGCGGUUCAACCUCCAAGUGCCGAAGUCCUGUGCCGGCGUGGACAGCAACAUCCUUAUGCCCAACAAGACUUGGUCGAACCAGGAGGAGUUCCAGAAGGCAUCAGUCAAGCUUGCCACGCUCUUCAAGGACAACUUCAAGAAGUUCUCUGCAGGAUGCUCAGAGGACAUUCUCGCCGCAUCCCCUGAGUGA